AUGCAAUUAUCGUUAUCAGUUUUAUCAACCGUUGCUACUGCUUUGUUGUCAUUGAGUUCAGUUGUGGACGCCAAGUCUCAUAACAUCAAGUUGUCCAAGUUAUCCAACGAGGAAACUUUAGAUGCUUCCAAUUUCCAUGAAUACACCAAUUCAUUGGCCAACAAGUAUAUGAACCUUUUUAAUGCUGCUCACGGUAACCCAACCAGUUUUGGUGUGCAACAUGUCUUGUCCAAUCAAGAAGCCGAAAUCCCAUUCGUUACCCCACAAAAGGGUGGCAAAUAUGAUGCUCCAUUAACCAAUUAUUUGAAUGCACAAUAUUUCACUGAAAUUGAAUUGGGUACUCCAGGUCAACCAUUUAAGGUUAUUUUAGACACUGGUUCUUCCAACUUGUGGGUUCCAUCUCAAGACUGUACAUCCUUGGCUUGUUUCUUGCAUUCCAAGUACGACCACGACGCUUCUUCCAGUUAUAAAGCUAAUGGUAGUGAAUUCUCUAUCCAAUAUGGUUCUGGUUCUAUGGAAGGUUAUAUUUCCCAAGAUAUCUUAACCAUUGGUGACUUGGUUAUUCCUAAACAAGAUUUUGCUGAAGCCACUUCUGAACCAGGUUUGGCUUUUGCUUUUGGUAAAUUUGAUGGUAUCUUGGGUUUGGCUUAUGACACCAUUUCUGUCAACCACAUUGUUCCUCCAAUUUAUAAUGCCAUUAACCAAGGUUUAUUGGACAAGCCACAAUUUGGUUUCUAUUUGGGUAACACCGAAAAGGAUGAAAAUGAUGGUGGUUUGGCCACUUUUGGUGGUUAUGAUGCCUCCUUGUUCCAAGGUAAAGUCACUUGGUUACCAGUUAGAAGAAAGGCUUACUGGGAAGUUGCUUUUGAAGGUAUUGGUUUAGGUGAUGAAUACGCCGAAUUGCAAAAAACUGGUGCUGCCAUUGAUACUGGUACUUCAUUGAUUACUUUACCAUCUUCAUUGGCUGAAAUUAUUAAUGCUAAGAUUGGUGCCACCAAAUCCUGGUCUGGUCAAUAUCAAAUCGAUUGUGCUAAAAGAGAUUCAUUGCCAGACUUGACCUUGACUUUCUCUGGUUACAACUUUACUUUGACUGCUCACGACUACAUUUUGGAAGUUGGUGGUUCUUGUAUUUCUGUUUUCACUCCAAUGGAUUUCCCUAAACCAAUUGGUGAUUUGGCAAUCAUUGGUGAUGCUUUCUUGAGAAAAUACUACUCAAUCUACGACUUGGAAAAGAACGCUGUUGGUUUAGCCCCAGCUAAGGAAUAA